UUCGCGCUCUGGCACUCAGUUUUGACGUCUUCACCGUGCGCGCCUCCUGAAAAUUUAACCUCCGGGCGGUAUCCCUGGUUUAGCGGCGAGGUCGGAAGCCCUGCGUUCAUUGCCUUGGCUCUCUCCAGUCAUGUUCCCGGCAGUCUCCUCUCCACGAACCCCGGGACCAGCGACCCGACGGGGUCCUCUGAGUGCAGUCGGGCCAGGCUCCACGCCCCGGGCGGCUGGCCGGAAGGGUUUGUCCCUGGGGUCUGCAGUCAGCUCCCCCGUGCUCUUCUCGCCGGCCCGGCGUAGCUCAUUGAGCUCUCGAGGAACACCAACACGAAUAUACCCACAUCACUCUGUAACUGAGUCUAUGAACUAUGAGGUGAAAACAUUUGGAUCUUCUCUCCCUGUUAAAGUCAUGGAAGCCCUAACGUUGUCUGAAGUCGAUGAUCAGUUGACUGUUCACAUAGAUGAAAGUGGAUGGGCUUGUCUGAUCUGCAAAGAGAAACUCAUUGUUUGGAAGAUCGGUUUGUCACCUGUUACUAAGUUAUCUGUUUGCAAAGAACUUCAGCUGCCACCUAGUGAUUUCCACUGGAGUGCUGACUUGGUAGCGCUAUCUUAUUCUGCUACCUCAGGUGAAGCACAUUCUACUCAAGCUGUUGCUGUCAUGGUUGCCACCAGAGAAGGAUCCAUCCGCUACUGGCCAAGUCUUGCUAGUGAAGACACUUAUGCAGAGACUUUUGUAGAUUUGGGUGGUGAUAAGACUUACAGUUUCCUAACAGCAGUACAGGGAGGAAGUUUUAUUUUGUCCUCAUCCGGGAGCCAGCUGAUUCGACUGAUACCUGAAAAUUUAGGAAAGAUUAAUCAACAUUUCCUGCCUCAAGGGAAUGGCAUGCUUUCAGGAAUUGGUAGGAGAGUGUCCUCUCUUUUGGGAAUUUUAUCUCCUAGUAGUGAUCUCAUGCUUUCAAGUGUCCUCUGGCAUAGAGAGAGAUCAAGUUUUUAUAUCCUGACAAGUUCAAACAUAAGUAAAUGGGAAUUAGAUGACUCUUCAGAAAAGCAUGUACACAGUUGGGAUAUAAAUAGAGUCCUGAAGGAAAACAUUACUGAUGCUAUUUGGGGAUCUGAAAGUAACUAUGAAGCCGUUAAAGGAGGGGUCAACAUUUGGUACUUGGAUUUAAAGCAAAGUUGUGAUGGACUCUUGAUUUUAGCAGCAGCAUGGCACCCAGCAGACAACCCAUGCCUUGUCUACUAUACUCUGAUAACAGUAGAAGAUAAUGGCUACCAAAUGUUAGAUUCUGUAAAUGUAGAAGUCACUCAGUAUAAUCCUCCUUUCCAGUCUGAAGACUUGGUUAUGUGUCGGUUGAUGAUUCCAGAUCUUUCAAACCAGACCGCCUAUCUGUAUACUGAAAAUACUGUCUAUGUGUGCUCCACAGGAACUGGGAAGUUUUCUCCUCCUCAGGAGAAAAUUGUCUUUAAUGCACAAGGAGAUAGUAUUUUAGGAGCUGGUCCCUGUGGUGGUGUUCCUAUCCUUUUUUCUAGAAAUAGUGGAUUGGUAUCUAUAGCUUCAAGGGAAAAUGUGUCCAUGUUAGCAGAGGAACUUGAAGAAUCCCUAGCAUCAUCAGUUGCUGGACCAAACAAUGAGAGUAUGGCUUUUGAACCCUCUGCCAAGAAUGAAACUAUAAUCCAGGAAGAUAAAACUAAAUUACUAAAAUCUGCUUUUCUACAAUACUGCAGAAAAGACUUAGUUUAUGCUCAAAAGAUGAUUGAUGAGCUCUAUUCCUCUCACUCUGGUUUGGCUCAUGAUUGUGAAUUAGACAGAGCUAUUACCCAAAUCAGUGUGGACCUGGUAGAUGACUUCCCAGCUUCUGAUCCACGAUGGGCUGAGUCUGUUCCUGAAGAAGCACCUGGGUUCAAUAAUACGUCACUGAUAAUUCUUCACCAACUAGAAGAUAAGAUGAAAGCACAUUCUUUCCUUAUGGACUUUAUUCACCAGGUUGGCUUAUUUGAACGACUAGGCACUUUUCCAGUAAGGGGAAUGCCAAUGGCAACUCGACUGUUGCUUUGUGAGCAUGCUGAAAAAUUGUCUGCUGCUAUUGUUCUUAAGAAUUACCAUUCACAGCUUUCUGAACUGGUGAAUACAGCAGUAUUGAUUGCUUUAAAUAAGAGGGACUGUGAAAUUCCAUCCAGCCUGACUCCUGCAGAUGUCUUUUUUAGAGAGGUGUCCCAAGUUGAUACCAUCUGUGAGUGUUUACUGGAGCAUGAGGAGCAAGUCUUAAAGGAUACACCAUUAGAAUCAGUUGAAUGGGCUGAGGUGGUGAUCAAUGUGAACAAUAUUCUUAAGGACAUGCUGCAGGCUGCUAGUCAUUAUCGACAAAAUAAAAACUCCUUGUAUAAAAAAGAAAAACCACUAGAAAAAGAACCUGAGUAUAUUCCUUGGACAGCAACAAGUGGUCCUGCUGGCAUUCGAACAGCAAUAGUACACCAGCAUGAGAUUGUCUUGAAAAUGGUUUAUCCUCAGGCAGACAGCAACCUUCGAAACAUUUUGACAGAGCAACUGGUGGCACUGAUUGAUUGUUUCUUGGAUGGAUAUGUUUCUCAACUUAAGUCAUUGGACAAAUGUAGUGAUCAAGAAAGAUAUGACAAUCUGGAAAUGGAAUACCAACAGAAAAGAUCAGAUCUCUUAUCUCCACUUCUCAAACUAGGCCAGUACCCAUGGGCUGCUGCUUUAGCUGAAAAGUACUGUGACUUUGAUAUCUUAGUACAGAUGUGUGAGCAGACUGACAACCAGACCAGACUUCAGCGCUAUAUGACCCAAUUUUCAGAUCAGAAUUUUUCAGACUUUCUCUUCCGUUGGUAUCUGGAGAAAGGAAAGAGAGGCAAAUUAUUAUCUCAGCCCAUUUCUCAGCAUGGACAACUAACAAAUUUUUUGCAAGCUCAUGAACAUCUCAGCUGGUUACAUGAAAUUAACAGCCAAGAAUUAGAAAAGGCUCAUGCAACACUUCUGGGUUUGGCAAAUAUGGAAACACGUUAUUUUGCAAAGAAAAAAACACUUCUUGGCUUGAGUAAAUUGGCUGCAUUAGCUUCAGAAUUUUCAGAGAAUACGUUACAAGAAAAAAUUGAAGAAAUGGCUGAGCAGGAACGCUUUCUGUUACAUCAGGAGACCCUACCUGAACAGCUGCUAACAGAGAAACAUCUAAGUCUCAGUGCAAUGCCAGUAUUGACUGCACCACAACUCAUUGAACUAUAUAUCUGUGACGAAAACAGAAGAGCUAAUGAAUAUGAUUUCAAGAAAGCUUUGGAUUUGCUGGAAUAUAUUGAUGAGGAGGAAGAUAUAAACAUAAAUAAUUUAAAGCUGGAAAUUCUUUGCAAAGCACUUCAAAGAGAUAACUGGUCCAGUUCAGAUGGUAAAGAUGAUCCAAUUGAAGUAUCUAAAGACAGCAUAUUUGUGAAAAUCUUACAGAAACUUUUAAAAGAUGGCAUUCAGCUCAAUGAAUACCUACCAGAAGUAAAAGACCUUCUACAAGCAGAUCAACUUGGAAGCUUAAAGUCUAACUCUUUCUUUGCAUUUGUACUGAAAGCAAAUUACGAAUAUUAUGUACAGGGACAAAUGUAAUUUUUUUCAUAAAAUGGUUGCUGUUUCUGGAAAUUUGUAUACAUAUGUAAUUAUAAAAAUUUUUUUGGCCAUAAACAUCUGG